AUGUCAUACGAAUCACAUAAAGGAGGAAGAGGUGGAUCAGAAAAUAGUAGUGGUGGAUAUGAUUCACAUUCAUCAGCAUAUAAAGAUGAUUAUUAUCAAAAUGGUUCAUCAUCAUAUAGAGGUGGGUAUAGAGGACGAGGUAGAGGAGCACCAUAUAGAGGUAGUUCAAGAGGUUCAUAUAGUGGAUCGUAUUAUGGUGGAAGUAGUAGAGGUGGUAGUAGUUAUAGAGGUGGAUCUUCAAGAGGUGGUUAUUAUAAUAAAUAUGGGUCAAGUUAUAAUAAUUAUGAUAAUCGAAGUGGAUCAUAUACUGAAUAUAAUAGUCGAGAAGAUGGUGGAUAUGGAGAACAAGAUAAAAAUAUAGAAGAACCAGAAACUGAAGAACAAAAUGAAUCAAUAGAUCAACAAUCAUCACAUCAUAGUGGAUCUUUUCCAUCAUCAUCAUCAUCAUCAUCAUAUAGAGGUAGUUCAUAUAGAGGUGGUUAUAAAAGUCGGAAUGGUUCAUAUAAUGGAUCAUAUCAACCACAUUCAUCAUCAUCACAUUCACCAACAACUCAUGAACCUCAUUCAGGUGGAGAUUAUUAUAAACAAGGAGGAACAGUAGAUAAAAAUUCAAGACAUUAUAAAGAAUUUUUACAUGAAAAAAAAUUAAAAGAUUUUACAAAUCCAUGGAUUAAUAUUUUAAAUAUUCAGGAUGAAAAUUUACAAAAUAAUUUAGAAAAAAAAUAUAUUGAACAAACAAAAUUAGAUGAAACUAUUUUAAAUUUACAAAAACAAAAAUUAAAAUUAGAAAUGUCUAUGAAAAGUUUAGAAAAUUAUGGUAAACGUGAAGAACUUCAUGUUCAAUUAACUUCUGAAAAAUUGGAUGAAUUUGUAUAUAUAUAA